AUGCAUAUUACAAGUCCUUUCAAUAAGUCUAUCGGUUUAAAGAUAAGGAAAAUUGCUCUCGAUAAGGAAUGUGGGAGUAAUUUAAUUAGCGCUUAUCGUCUAGCCAGACAAGGUUACAAUCACGUUAAAUCCCGAGAUGGGGAGUUUUGUAUUUUUUCAGUGAGAAAGGGCAGCUUUUAUUUGCAGCCAUUAGGCCACGUUCACAAGGCCAGACUUUUGGCAAUAUUUAGCAAUGGAUUAGUUGAAGGAAUUCCUCAAAUUCCUCAAAAGGAUCUUCCUUUCUUUUGCGCUACGUGUGAAAUCGCAAAUUCCAUGCGAAUGUCAUAUCGUAAUAAAAUAGGAUCAAGAAGUAGGCCACCAUUGCAUGCUUUACAUAUGGACACCACAGGAAAGAUAAAAGUGAAUGGAAGAUGUGGCGGUUUUGGUUACGCUAUGCAUUGUCAAUUGUAG